AGUUUGUCCACCUUACAGCCAACUUCCUCUCAGAAACACGAUGCCCAAAAAGAAAGACAAGAAACAAGAUGAAGGCAAGAAAACAUCGAAAAAGGAAAGUUCUUCGACUCCUGCAGACAAAAGCGGGUCUGACAACAAAGAGAAGGAUUUAUAUUUGACUCAAAUACGAUAUUUGAACGAGCAGCUGGAGAGAUAUCAGCUGAAAUGUGAUCAACUCGAGAGGCAGAAGAAGGACUUUGACUCUCAGUACAGUGAGCUGGAGGAUGAGAAGAAGGACAUUGUUGACUAUCUGAAACGCUCCGUGCUGGAAAAGGAGGACGAGGUGGUCGAGCUGACGGAGCAGCUGGAGAGUCAGCGGCAGGCUGCCGAUAAGAAAGGAGAGGCUCUGCAGCUGCAGCACGGUCAGCUGAGACAAGAGCUUCAAGACCGGAUGGAAGAACUCAACGCACAAAACACAACACUUGCGGUGAGGCUGGCUGGUCUGGAGGAGUUUCAGAAGCAGAAGGAGCAGUUGACGUCCAACAAGGAGUCUCUGGAGAAGCAGCUGACCAGUCAGGAGCAGGAACACAAAGCUGCCAUCCACAGCCUGGAGAUGAAAGCACUGCUGGAGAAGAAGAGGUUGGAGAAGGAGAUGGAGAGCCACGUGGCAGUCAUGGCGGCAGAGGUGCAGCACCUGGUGGACCAGAAGGUCCCAGACACGACCAGGUUGGCCCUUCAGGAGAACACAGAGGUUAAGGCUCGGAUCGGCCAGCUGUCGGAGCACACUCAGGUCCUGAUGGAGGAGAACUCGGCCCUGCGGGACCGUAAGAAUCGUCUCAGUGUGGAUGUGGACGUCCUGGAGCAAAUGCUCAGCGAGACGUCCCGCGAGAGCUGCAUCCGCAAGAAGGUGGUGGAGCAGCUUACAGAAAAGUGUCAGCAGCUGCAGGCGGAGCUGAAAGGCUGGAGACAACAACUCGAGCAGCUUAAGACCAAACACACUGGAGUCCUGGCUGAGAUGGAGGCACUCAGACGGGACCGGGCCUCUCUGUCCGAGCAGUGCAGUAAAAACGGAGCCGAGGUGAGCCGGCUGGAGGCGGAGCUACAAGAGGAGAGGAGGAGGAGGAGCAGGAUGAAGAGCAUCAUGCAGGAAGCAGCCGUCGCUCUCAGAGACGCCCUGAUGGAUGCUCCUACAGACAAGGACUCGGAGGUGGACUCUGCCGUCCAGUGGAAGCAGCUGAUGGAGAAGCUGCUGGUGGUCUUGGACCGCCCCACACUCACCAACGCCACUGCUGAGGACGACCAGAAUGAACUACUGACCUCUGACCCUGUAGCAGCCAGUGAAGUAACCCUAGAUCCAGCGUUGAGUUUCCAGUUCAAGCUGGCCCGCUACAGGCUGGGCGAUCUUGGCCUUGUACCCCGACCCACGCCCAAACACAAACACAUCCUCUCCAGGACGGGAGCAGAUGCGUCCAGCAGCACCCACGUUCCUCUGCACAGGAAGUCGUCCAGUCAGAAAACAGCCAGCUCCAUUAACCGGACUGAUUCAGCUGUCGGACUUUUGACCUGCAGAAACUCAUUCACUAAACCCAAAUAACAAAACCCUUUAUGUCUCCAAAAGGAUCCAGUUAACCGUCUGCCCUUUGCAAAACACCCAAAUUCAUAUAAAUUUUGUGUUAUAAAUGUUUUGUUAAAAUGCCACAAGUUACAAAUAAUGAUGAAUGCUAGAAUUUACCGUAGCAGGAGGUCAAGUAUUGAAGAGUUGGUAAACUGACCCAGUUUAUAAAUCAAUUAUAAAGUUUUUGAUUCACUGAUCAUGACUUCCUGACAAAACAUAACUGAUGCUGUAUUUUUGUGAUAAUGUGAUGAGCAGCCAACAGCGGUGUAAGAAGUACUCAGAUCUUUUACUAAAGUAAAAAUAGCGACACCAAAGUGUAUAGAUACUCUAUUACAAGUCCAUUUUGCUUGAGUACAAAAGUAAAAGCAUGAAAAUAUACUAAAAGUACAGAAAGUAAUUAUGCAGAAUGGCCCAUUUCAGAAUAAUACAUAUUAUUGGAUUAUAAUUAUUGAUGCAUUUGCAGCUGGUAAAUGUGGAGCUGAUUUUAAUAAUCUUAUAUACUGCUGGGCUGCUUGUGAAUUCCCCCCAUCCCAGGGAUCAAUAAAGUUUUAUUUAAAUCUAUGUAUUACUAAUUUGAAUCUGCCAAGUAAUUAAAGUUGUGCCAAAACACUGAUUUGUGAAAAGUAGUAGUAAUUUUAUCCUUUCCUUUUGCCCUUACAA